AGUUGUACUGCACUGCACAGUGGAUCAACUGGGGUUAUGAGACGAGGCUGAGAUAUCAAUUGGGUUGCAUGAUUUGGAAAAAAAAAGGUUGCUCGUCUAUAUUGCGUACAUUAGUCCACCCCUGACAGCAGCUAGUCCACUAGCCUGUCAAUCCACAUUGCGCAAGCCUCUCUCUGAUUUGCAAGAUUGGCGGAGGCUCUUGUGAAUGCGAAGACCAAAUUUGGACACUAUCGAUCGUCACUGCUCUGCAACCAGUAGCCACAACUGCCGUCAUCUUGGGCGUUGCGAGUUUUCUCGCCAAAAGCAGUCGUUGCUGAGGGAGCAUCCCCUGAGAACCCGUUCAACAUGUUCAACAGGGGUCCGCCAAGCGAGCUGUCACGAAAGCCAGCCAAAGUCUGGAAACUUUCUCAUAUCAGCUUCUUGCAACGUCAAAACAAACAAAAACAUAGACAUAUCGUAUAUUAACUUGGAGGGCUGCAGCAAGUGUAGUUCAUCUGUGCCUCAGCAAGGAUCCCUCGACGACAAUGACCGAAAGGUAGGUUGGCGCAGCAGCCCUGCAAGAAUCACAUAUUGGUGGCCCCCGACAUCUUCGGUCCCGCACAAGCCGUGCAAAUCCACAUCAUCAACUCCAAGUCCGACAUGUCAUGCUAUGCGAACAGACCUCCACUUCCGUGCCAUGCACAAAUUGGGGAACUACGCCCGUAUUCCAGCUGCCAUGUGUCUCCGACUCCCCCGUAUGUGGAGUGUGAAAGGUACAAAUGCCGAACACAACGAGACAGUCGGUCAGCAAGUGCAGACAUAAAACCGGCCCCAGAGCGUUGGGUCUGACCACUCGACGCCUUGAUGCUCAGUUCAUCAUAUCCACAAAACGCGUCCAUGAACAUGAUGCUGGCAGUGCAUUAGUUGUCGCGCCUGUUAUGCACCAGGUCCAGACAGGUCAGGU